GAGCAAAGAUACCAGCAGAUAAUAUUCAUAACGAAUAUAAUAAAUACAUGUCCGUUUCACGAGAUUACCGGAUGCCAUGGAUCUGCUCGAUUAUCUCCCACUUGAGUGUUUACCGAUUAAUACUUUUGUUAUUAACACGGCAUCAAUCUACUUUUUUAUAAACCAACAAUGUGAACAGUCACGGCUCUGAUUUCCCACGCAUGGGAAUUUGUCAGCCAGGAAGUGUCAGAAUAUCUCAGCUUUUGAAUCAACUGUGCAGUGAAUCCCAGAACGAAAAUAUCCUGACCCGGGAUGCUUGCUAUGGGUGUUUUUUUCGAGCAACCAAUAAACCAUCCGGGUAUCCAAUGCUUCUGUCAAUGUCUUCGUGCGCUGAGCUUUAUCUUGGCGACAGCAAUUAUGGACACUGCCAAGAAUACUUGAAAAAUGCAGUAGCCAACUCGGAAUUGAAUUCCAGUCCUGCUGUUAUUUAUUGUACAUUUUUGGAAUGUGUCCGGCAAGUCAACAAGGACUCUUUGAUUCAGACCUGCAUUAGAGAGUCCCUUGAUAUGUUUGAUAAUUUUACGGCAAGUGACAUUAAACUUGCCCAGCUGGUGGUAAAUACAACGGCCUGUAUUCUCGCAAAGACUAGGUGUGGAUCAAUGAAUCCGAUUACAGGAGCUUACAAGGCAUCCAAUACAUCAACCAAAUAUUCAAUAAUACCGACUAUAAAUGCCAUACUUGUAAACACCGAUUACGAUAUAAAUAUUAUUCAAAUGCCAUUUGGUCACGGUGUCAUUGACGAAUGCGCCAAGUAUAGAAAUAUUGAACAAGCAAAUUGGCCAAAUCUUCAAUGUUAAUAUUAAGAUAUUAUAUGUCUGUUAUAUAGGAGUUUUUAUUUAAUUAAACUUGUUUUUGUUACUCAACCGUAAGGUUAUUUAACAAUUUACCAUUGUGUUUUUAUGUAUUGUUUUUUUUUUCUCUUUUUCUUUUUUUUUUCUUGCUCUUGUUAUUUUUCGUUGAAUAAUUCCUCUUUAUUAUAUUAUACAUCCAACUCAGUAAAAUGCACAAGUGAAAUGCACGAUUAACUAAUCUUAAUGGACGGUGAUAAAAAGAAACUGACAAAAUAAGAAAAUGAAUUGUAGCACAUUUCCUCCUACAAGAGUAACGCUUCAGUUAGUUUUCUUUUCCCAGAAUAAUUUCAAAUAUGCAAAUAUCCUCUGGAAUAUGCGUGUACGCGUUGUGUUGAAUAUUUUUAUAAAGAAAUGCGAUGUACCGUAAAAAGAAAAACGCUUGAAUACUUAUGUACAAAUUUAAAAAAAUACAUUAAAUUUAUCAUUUUACAGUAAAAUAUUUUUUUUUAC